AUGAAGCUGCGUGAGGUGUAUGCAGCAACAGCAGCAGCAGCAGCAGCAGGGAAGCCAGAUACUCUUUCUGCUGCAGCAGCAGCAGCAGGACUCCCCCUAAAAGGCAGCAGCAGCUAUCAACUGCGGCAUGAAAGAAAUCUAUGGAUCGAGUUGUUUUGUCUCGUUCUAUGGUUGUUUGUGUGGAGAGCAGCAAAGCUUAUGGGCCGCCACUGGCAGCGCAUAGAGGCGCUGAAGGCGGAGGUGGCGUUGCUGCAGCACGAGAGAGAAGUCAGAGGCACUGCAGCAGCAGCAGCAGCAGCAGCAGCAGAUGGUGAUGAUAAGAACAAGAAAAACAACAAACACGGAGACAGUAAAAGCCCCUCGCGAGAGGAAAAGGAAGACACAAACAGGGAGGCGGGCCAGAUUGAGAUGAUGCGUCUGCGCAAGACGGCGCAGCAGCAGCAGCAGCAGCUGCACGGGGUGACGGAGGCGGGCCAGAUUGAGAUGAUGCGUCUGCGCAAGACGGCGCAGCAGCAGCAGCAGCAGCAGCAGCAGCAGCAAGACAGCGACUAG